UCGUCACUAGGUUCUUGCUUUGCAACGAGCUUCCUUUAAAAGUUAAAGUACAGAAAUGGAUGAGUUUGACGACGAUUCCUUCAACGAUGUUCUCGGCUCGAUGGAAAUGCCCUCAGCAGCCAAGCAAGCCAAGGUUGAAGCUCCGCAAACUGUGCCAGUGGAGACUCCAAGCAGCAGCGCUGCCAGUUGUCCCACACCCGCCAAAGCGCCUUCCAAUCCGCACAGCGUACUUGUCCACAGCAAACAGCGCGGGAACCCCAUCCUGAAGUCCAUUCUCAAUGUUCCCUUAGAGUUCCGCGAUGACAUCGUGCCAGAUUAUGUUGUGGGUCGAACAUCCUGCGUCCUCUAUUUAUCCCUGAAGUACUACAAUCUCAAUCCGGACUACAUAUGCCAGCGGCUGAAGACUCUUGGCAAGAUGUAUGAGCUACGGGUGCUUCUGGUGCAAGUAGACACACCGGAGCCACACAAUGCCCUUAAGAGCUUGACCCGGAUCUCACUACUGGCCGAUUUAACCAUGAUGCUGGCCUGGAAUGCCGAGGAGGCCGGAAAAAUCAUUGAGACCUACAAACAGUUUGAGAAGCGCCCGCCGGAUUUGAUCAUGGAGCGAGUGGAAUCUAACCCACAUCAAAAGCUGGUGGCUGCUCUUACCAACAUCAAGCCAGUGAACAAAACAGAUGCCGUCACCCUGUUGCAAACAUUUGGCAAUUUAGGCAACCUAAUCACCGCCAGCGAAGAGCGACUCUCCCAGGUGAUGGGCUUGGGUCCUCGCAAGGCCAAAAAGUUGUACAAAACCCUGCAAGAGCCCUUCCUCAGCAAGUAGCACCAAAAACUAAGAGUUAUCCUCCUCAUCCUCAUGAAUACUUUAAUUUUCGAUUAGGCAGAAAAUGUACAAAAAAUAAAGUUUCAUUAUAGUUUAA